AUGUAUUUUGAUAAAAUACAAAAUUAUGUUGAAUUAACAUGUCAAUUUUCAACAGGUGAUAUACAUGAUUUAUUACGUUUUAUAAUAUUAAUAUCAGAAAUAAUUUAUAUAAAUAUAUUUCAAAAAAAAAAAUCAUUUAUUAGUUGUUCAUUAAUAUAUCUAUCUGAUUUAUUUACAUCAUCACAACAUUUAUCAAAUUUAUAUGAUGAAUAUUUUUGUACAUGGUUUGAUGAAGAUGAUUUAACAAUAUUCUUAAUAAGUUAUAAUUUAUGUAAAUCUGGUAUAUUACUUGGACAAACAACAAAAGAAUAUAAUGAAUUAUAUCUACGUUUAAUUGAACACGAUUUUAAAUUAACUAAAAUUCAUGCAUAUGCAUCAUGUUUAUUUUUACUUGAAAUGUUAAUACUUUCAAGUAUUUAUACAUUAUUACAACGACCAAAUAAAAAUACAAAUUCAUUAAAUAAUGAACAAACAAUAAUUGAUAGUUCGUCAAUAAUAUCAUCAUCAGAUAAUCUUCUUAUUGAACUUGUUGAAGAAUUAUAUGCACGUACAAAACAAUCAUCAACAUUAGCAUAUGAAGCUUUCCUUUUAUUAUGUCCAUUAACAUUAUUACUUGCAUAUAUAUUGGUUUAUCGGAUCGUUUAA